UACAGACGAGAUGAAAUCGCGGGCAUUGCCUGUGUUCCGCAGCCUAGCUACGCAGUUUCCUUGCGUUUAUUUGUCUCAGAUCUGUGUGCGCUUGCCUGCAAAUGCAUGUUAAACGUAGUCGUUGCAGUAAUUUGCAAGGAUGGCGGCAGUGAACUAGGGCUCUGCGGGAAAUUUCCGGCGACCGACAGCUGUGUACGACGAGCCUACACCCUACACCUCCUUGGCAUGUGGACAACUGUGGUGCCAGCAAGCACAGGGAGGGAGGUCUGCGACUAUGGACAUCAGGCCAUCUACAAAAGCUGGAAUUCUAUGCGCGGGGGAGCCCUGAUACGACAAAGGUCAGAGCUGAGGUUUUGGCAUCAAUGGCUACGAGGAAAAAAUAUGCUGCAGCUGCUGAACUCUCCAGGGAAAAUGGAACAAUACUACGGUGCAAAUGCGAGUGCGGAGCUGGAAGCGGCAAAGUAUGUAAGCACGUCGUUUGUGUGUUCUAUGCCUUGAGCUACAUCGCUACUCACGACCUAAAAGUUGUGCCCGAAGAAAAAGCUUGCACUGAAGGGGAACGGCAGUGGUACCACCCUCGUAAGCCACUCGAAGUGAAGAAAAAUGUUGAGCAACUGGAGUUCGUGAAGGACACUUGUGCAAGAAUUAGUGGUGCACGCGAUACCAUAAGGAAAAUAAAAGCGUACGAGUCCCUUCCCGAAGAACGAAGGAACGUUGAGAGGCUUCGCCUUAUCCACAUUGUCGAUCCGUUCAGAACUCACGGACUAGGGUUUUGGGCGGAUAUUUUGGAAAGCAAUGACUUUACUCCAAACGAAUUGCAGGCAGUGAACCCGGCAGACACACAGACCUGUGUUGAAAGCACUGUUCCCACCUUAAUGGAUAUGAUCUUCCAAUCACCUGUAUCAAGCACUGGGGAUGUUUAUGAGCAGCUCUGCCAUCUUCAUAGCUCUCAGACAGUGACAGACAUUGAGAAUGCAACGAAAAAGCAAAACAGUUCUUCUGAGUGGCACCAGCACAGAAAAGGAGUUAUCACCGCAUCAGUGUGCUAUAGGGUGUACACUCGAGUACAUACCAUUCGGAACAAAUACGGCCCACAUAAUGUGCUCCCACUUCUUAAUCAAAUCUGUGGUAAGGCCCAGGUUAUAACACGGGCCAUGCAAGAUGGAAUUGACAUGGAACCAAAGGCCAAGGAAGUGUACUUGCAACUGCACAGGAAGCACACAGACCACCGUGAAUGUACGAUUGAGGAACUGGGGCUGGUUUUGCAUGAAUCCUAUCCCUUUAUUGGAUGCAGUCCUGACGGGUUGUUGCAAUGUAAAUGUGAAACAAAACUUGUGGAAAUCAAAUGUCCUAAGAGUAUGAAAGCAUUUGUGGAUUCCUAUACCGUCAAUGGUGAAAAAGUAAAGCGAACAAAUGUGUACUUUGCGCAGGUUCAGAUGCAGAUGGGCGUAUGUAAGGUGGAUACAUAUGAUUUGUUCGUCCAUGACAGUGAAGGUGAAAUUUUUGUUAUCACGGUACCUUUCGACCGGACAUUUUAUGACGACCUGGUGGAAAGAUGUGUCUUCUUCUUCAAGGAGUAUAUCCUCCCAUAUUUGCUUAGUGAGAAAACUGUAACGGUGUGAAAAGUGCAAUAUUUUCUGUUUAAGUUCAGUGGGCACCCUGGAAAUGGCGCGUGCUUAAUAUAUGUACGACCCACAGCCGAGCUCACAGCCUAGGCAGUAUAAGCUAGUCUUAGCACUCUAAUUCUGUAGAGAGAAGACCAAUAUCGGGUGAGCAAGUGAUAGGAAUUAUCACCCGUAUUAUAGCGUACAAGUUGCUGUGGCAUAUUGCAUUUUACUUGGAAUAAUUCAGAUGUUCUCGUGUGCACCCUUUGUUACAAAUGUAAGCUGUGAUAUCAAACAAACAUUCAGAU